AUGAUGAUGAUGAUGGUGAUGAAGACGACCUCGGCUGAAUCUCAACAGAGCGAGUGUGUGAACUCGACGGUGCUGACGACUCGGAGCUCGUGUCACUCGUGCAGCCUCAGCCUGCUGAUGGCGUGUCCCGCCGGGUUCAGAGCCACGCCACGCUCCACCCGCCAGGACUGCAGCUACCUGAUCAGGACUCCCAGCAUGCAGCUGCCGGUGCGGGGCUGCUCCUUCCAGUGCUACAAGGAGCAGCAGAUCAAGACCUGCUGCCCCGGGUUCUGGGGUCCAGACUGCCAGGAGUGUCCUGACAGCGCUGAAAGACCCUGUAGUGGCAGAGGAAAAUGUUCUGACGGAGCCGGAGGGAACGGGACCUGCAGCUGCCAGCUGGGUUUUGCAGGAACAGCGUGUGAGGAUUGUUCUCCGGGUCGAUACGGUCCCACCUGCAGCUCAGUGUGUUCGUGUGUCCACGGUGUGUGUGACUCUGGUCUGAAAGGUGGAGGACGCUGCACCUGCUUCUCUGGAUACAAAGGACCCACCUGUGACCAAGAGCUACCUGAGUGCUCGUCUCUCAGGUGUGGGGUGAACUCUCGCUGUAUGGAGGAGGCUCUGACGGGUCGUCUGGUGUGUCAGUGUUUACCUGGUUAUCAGAAGUCUGGAGCUCAGUGUUUAUCCAUCAACCCGUGUCUCCAGCAGGUGUGUCAUGUCCAGGCGUCCUGCGUCCACACCGGGCCCAACCAGCACCUGUGUGCCUGUCACCAAGGUUACAUCGGGGACGGACGGGUCUGCGUGGCGGUGGACCCGUGUCAGACGAGACAGGGAGGCUGUCCCCCCGAGUCCUCACGGUGCAUCUACGACCAGCCGGGGAAGUCUCACUGUGAGUGUCUUCCUGGUUUUGAGCGUCUGCCGUCCGGCGGCUGCAGCAUGAAGGACGUCUGCAGGACGGACUCCUGCCACCAGAACGCCAACUGCAGCACGGUGUCCCCGGGACGAGUCCAGUGUACGUGUCUCCAGGGCUUCGUGGGUAAUGGUCUGGUGUGUUACGGGGACAUCAUGGAGCGUCUCAACGUCCUGAACGAGCCAGGAGGGACGUGGAGCGGACAGCUGAGCAGCGCCAUCACCCUGCUGGGUUCUGUCUCGUGGUCUCUGAAGAACCUUGGUCCCUUCACUCUGUUCGUCCCCACCAAUAAAGGCUUCAGAGGGACUUCAGUGAGGACCCUGACGGCGGACGCGUCCAAAGCGAGGUACCUGUGUAAACUCCACCUGGUUGCAGGUGUGAUGCCGUUUGCCACUCUGAAGAAGACGGACGUCUUCUACACGCUGACUGGGAAGUCUGCAGAGACGGACACGUCAGAAGGGGACUCGCAGACCAAGAUCCGUAUCCACGGCAGCAGGAAGCGCGGCGCGGUGGUGCAGGCGGACGUGGUGGCGUCCAACGGGAUGAUCCACAUCAUCAACAAGCUGAUGGACAGCGUGUCCCCCACCGUGGAGGGAGACCCCCAGGAGAACCUGAUGAAGAUCGUCUCCGACUACGGGAAGUUUGACAAGUUCCGCUCUUUAUUAGAGAAGGCCGACCUGCUCUCCGUCCUGGACCUGCCCGGUCCCCUCACACUGUUCGCUCCCACAAGCUCCGCCUUCGACGCCAUGAAGGAAGGUCACCUGCAGUACCUGAGCACAGCGCAGGGUCGGGUGAAGCUGGUGGAGCUGCUCAGGAACCAUGUGGUCCGAUCCACCGCGCUGGAGGUCUUUAACGCCGUCUCCAGUCCCAGAAUCGUGACGAUGGCUAAUCAGGUUCUGAGCAUCAACGUGACGGAGAAUGGGCAGAUCUUCGUGGACGGCGCGGCGGUGUUGGAGGCGGCCGUGGAAGCUAAAAACGGUCGCCUGUACGUGUUGGACGGCGUCCUGACUCCGCCCACCAUCCAACCCGUGCUGCCCAGCAGGUGUGACAUCACGGAGAACAAGAUCGUCAAGGGUAAAUGUGACAGCUGCCCUCGGGUGACUAAGUGUCCGUCUGGAGUUUUCACGGGCUCCGUGUCCUUCGGCUGUGUUUACACUCUGGCCAUCGGCAAGUCGCUCCUGGCCAUCCCGACCAAAGGCUGCUCGCCGCUCUGCAACACCACCGUCACGACUCCGGCCUGCUGUAAAGGGUUCUACGGUCCGGACUGCAGUCCCUGUCCCGGAGAUUUCGAGACCCCCUGCUCCGGACACGGCCAGUGUUCGGAGGGAAUCUCAGGAAACGGAUCAUGUGUCUGCGACUCGAACUUCAGCGGAGCUCGCUGUCAGUAUUGCUCCUCCCCCAACCGGCACGGGCCCAGCUGUGACACAGCGUGUCCCUGUGUCCAUGGCCAGUGUGAUAACCGUCCGGACUCAGACGGUCGCUGUAAGGUGGACUCGUGUCUCCCGGGGUUCACCGGUCGGUUCUGCGAGCGGCGGACGGCGCCGUGCGGCGUCAACGUCCAGUUCUGUCACGCACACGCAGACUGUGACUUCAGCCCCGGCGCCGCCAGAUGUGUGUGUAAACCUGGUUACCGAGGCGACGGGAUCACCUGUGUGGAGACCGACCCGUGUGCUCCGCCCCUCCGUGGCGGCUGCAGCCUGAACGCUAAGUGUGUGAAGAGGGGUCCGGGCUCUCACAGCUGUGAGUGUCUGAGCGGCUGGACUCAGGACGGAGACGAGUGUCGGCCAAUCAACGCCUGUGCCGGGCCAGACAGAGGCGGUUGCCAUGACAACGCCACCUGCAUCUACGUGGGACCUGGACAGAGCGACUGCUCCUGUAAACCAGGGUACAAAGGGAACGGCCAGGACUGUGAGGCCCUGAACCAGUGUGUGACCCAGACCGGAGGCUGCCACUACCUGGCCAGCUGCCGCCUGCUGUCCUCUGGGUGGACGUGUGUCUGUGACGACGGGUACGCCGGAGACGGACAGACGUGUUACGGAUCCGUCCAACAGGUGCUGAUGGCUCUGACGGAUGCCUCGGACUUCUUCACCUGGAUCACCGACUCGGGUCUGUCCUGGUCUCUGUCGGACCAGAAUGUCACCCUGCUGGUUCCGUCUACAGCUGCUGUCUCCAAAAUGUCUUCAGAGGACAAAAACUUCUGGACAAAGACGGGAAAUCUGCCAAGUCUCAUCAGGAACCACCUGAUCCCAGGACUCGUCCCGCUGUCCAGCCUGAGCGCCGCGUCCUCUCUGACGUCCCUCCUCAAGACCACACUUCCUGUCUCGACGGUGGGCGAGCUCACAGCCGUCGGCGGAGCGACUGUCACCGCCGCCAACAUCGCCGCGACCGACGGGCUGAUCCACGUCAUCGACAAGGUUCUGGUUCCCGACAGGAAGCUGAGUGACGGCCUGCUGGCGGCUCUGGCUCUGAGACCCGAGUUCUCUCUGUUCAGAUCCUAUCUCAUCGACUAUAACCUGACGGAGGAGAUCGAACAGGCGGAUGGGUUCACCAUCUUUGCUCCGACAGACGGCGCCAUCAACGAGUACCUCAGCAGGACGUCUGCCAGCGCCCUGGAUGUGAACACGACUCGUUACCACGUGGUGGCGUCGGAGCGCCUGCUGAAGACCGACCUGGCGCCCGGAGGAUACCGCCAGACGCUGCUCGGCUUCUCCUUCCAGAUCGGCAUCUUCCCCCGGGACGGAAAGCUGUUUGUGAACGACGCUCAGAUCAACUCGUCCAACAUGUUGAGCGGUAACGGAGUGAUUCACGGGCUGUCGGCGGUUCUGACCAUCAACAGGAACCGCUGCGACAACGUCACCUACAGCAGAGUCCCGGGAUUCUGUGUGGACUGUUUGUUCCCUCGAAGCCGAGUCUGUCCCAACGACACCGUCCCCGACAAAUCGUGGAGGAAAUGUUUCUUCAGUCAGACGUUGGAGGGCGAGCGUGUGAUCACCAUUGGCUGUAAAGCCAACUGCCUCCGGAAGAACAUCGAGCGGAGCUGCUGCGGGGGGUUCUUCGGGGAGCACUGCGAGCCGUGUCCGGGCCCCGGGGAUCGGCCCUGCUUCGGUAACGGAGCGUGUUCUGACGGGACGAACGGCUCGGGAGUCUGUCGCUGCCACGCCGGAUUCAACGGCACCGCCUGCGAAACCUGCCAGGGCGGGAAGUACGGCGUCCACUGCGACCAGGAGUGUCGCUGUCAGAACGGACGCUGCAGCGACGGACCGGACGGAGACGGGACCUGCGAGUGUGACGCCGGCUGGAGCGGAGUCAGCUGCGACCAGAAGAUUGAGUCAGCUGAUGAGUUGUGUGGAUCAGUGAAGUGUCACACCAGCGCAAAUUGUGUCAUCAGAGCGUCCGGCGCCGAGUGUCUCUGCGCCGCCGGUUUCCAUGGAAACGGGACGUUCUGUCAAGCCACUGACCCGUGUCUGGAGGGAAACGGCGGCUGCAGUCCGGACGCCGUCUGUAAGCGGACCCGUCCAGGCCGCAGAGAGUGCGUCUGUAACCGUGGUUACCGUGGCGAUGGACUCGUGUGUCUCGAAAUCAACCCGUGUCUGGAGGGAAACGGCGGUUGCCACGCCAACGCAGACUGUAUCCACGUCGGGCCGAACAAAACUUCCUGUGCCUGCAGCGACGGAUACCACGGCAACGGACUGACCUGUCAGAUGGUCAACCUGUGCCGCAAGAAAAACGGAGGCUGUCAUCAGUUCGCCAGGUGUAACAUGACGGGUCCAGGUGUUCGUAUCUGCACCUGUUACAGCAGCUUCAUCGGAGACGGGCUCACCUGCAAAGGCACCGUGGGGAAGGAGAUCCUGUUGAGGAAGCAUAGGGACUUCUACCUGGCUCUGAUGAUUAUGGACAUUUCUCUGAAAGGUCGCGGUCCGUUCACCGUCUUUCCCCCGAACGCCGAAGCCUGGAACAACUCCACCAAGCUGAAGCCGGCGGCCGGUAAGAGUAAAGAGGCGCUGGGCGCCGUGCUGCGUAGCCACAUCGUCGUGUGUCACACGCUGCUGCCGGCCGACCUGAGCCGACCCCGUAACCUGACCACGCUGUCGGGACUCGUCCUGACCACCCGGUCCACCCAGGGCAGCAUCUUCGUCAACGAGGCCAACGUGACAUACAGCGACGGCGUCAGCGUCAAUGGGAUCUUCCACGAGAUCAGCAGAGUCCUGGUUCCUCCGGACGCCCCCCCAGCCGGCCCCGUGAGUCCCCCAGCCGGCCCCAUGAACCUGACGGAUGUGGCCGAACGUCACGGAUAUAAAACCUUCUUCAGACUGCUCCAGGAGUCCGGCGUGAUGGACCUGGUGAACGACGGCGCCCAUCAGCCCGUGACGGUCUUCCUGCCCUCCGACGGCGUCAUGGCGUCUCUGCCGCAGCAGCAGAGGGACUUCCUGCUGCACCGGGACCACCGGUUCCAGCUGGAGGAGUACCUGAAGUACCACAUCCUGCCCACCCAGAAGAUUUACGCCGAAGGUCUGAUCCACCUGGACUCGGUCCGGACGCUGCAGGGUUCCCCGCUGUCGUUCUCGUGCGGAGGGAUGGACGCCAUCGGAGAGAUCUUCAUCAACGGCGGGAUGUGUCGGAUCGUCCAGAGACACCUGGUGUUUAACGGCGGGAUGGCGUACGGCAUCGACUGCCUGCUGACUCCGCCCAGCCUGGGGGGGCGCUGCGACCAGCAGACCACCUUCGACCUGCAGAUGAGCUGUGGUCUGUGCACGCCGUCGGCGACUCGCUGCCCCAGAGGAUCCAGACUGAAGGAGAUCCAGAAGUGCGACCUUCCCACCGUGUUCGUCACCAAGAACUCCGGUUGUCUCCCCGUCUGCACCGUCAACUUCUGGCAGCCGAAGUGUUGCCCCGGUUACCACGGCCGCGACUGUUUGGCGUGUCCCGGAGGCGCCGCCGCUCCCUGCGAUAACCACGGCAGAUGUGACGACGGUCACCUUGGUAACGGAACCUGCACCUGCGACAUCGGAUUCGGGGGCGUGGCCUGCGAGCUGUGCAGCGACGGGUUUUAUGGACCGACCUGUAAAGCCUGUAACUGCUCGGAGCACGGGUCAUGUGAUGCCGGACGCAAAGGAACCGGGUCCUGUUUCUGUGAGAGCGGCUGGACCGGAGACCGCUGUGAGACCCUGCAGGCUGAGGUCUCCGUCUGCUCGCCGUCCUGCUCGCCAAAAGCCGUCUGUAAGGAGAACAACACCUGCGUGUGUCGGCCGUUUUACGAAGGAGACGGACUCACCUGUACAGCGGCGGACAUGUGUCAGAAGUGGAACGGCGGCUGUGCGCGCGGCGCUCGCUGUUCUCAGAGCGGAGAGACGGUGAGCUGCACCUGUCCUAAAGGUCACCAUGGAGACGGCUUCACCUGCCUGCCCGUGGACCCGUGCGUCUCCGGGGACAACGGCGGCUGCCACGAGCACGCCGCCUGCACCAUGACGGCCCCGGGGAAGAAGAGGUGCACCUGUAAGGACGGCUUCGUGGGGGACGGACUCACCUGUGAGCUCAGACAGCUGCCAAUCAGCCGCUGUCUCCAGGACAACGGGCGCUGUCACCAGGACGCCACCUGCACCGACCUCCACGCCGAAGAUGCGAGGCUCGGUGUGUUCCAUGUGCGCUCUGAUGAAGGUCAGUACAAACUGAACUUCUCUGCAGCUCAGAGACUCUGUGACUCAGAGGGAGGACGUCUGGCCACAUACACACAGCUGUCCUACGCCCAGCAGGGCGGGAUGAACAUGUGUGCUGCCGGCUGGCUGGACCAGGCCCGGGUGGCGUACCCCACCACCUACUCCAACCCAAACUGCGGCUUCGGACACGUCGGGAUCGUGGACUACGGAACCCGGAAGACGAGCGAGACGUGGGACGCCUUCUGUUACCGGAUGAAGGAGGUCAAGUGUGCGUGUCGACCCGGGUUCAUCGGAGACGGGUCCAGCUGCUCGGGGAACCUGCUGCAGGUGCUGAGAUCCACGCCGAACUUCUCCAACUUCCUCAGCCAAAUCCUGAACGUGUCUGAGGCGUCUCCGGCGGGGAAACACUUCCUGAGUCGUCUCACUAAUCUGACGCUCCAGUCCACGCUGUUCGUCCCCGACAACAGUGGUCUGCCCGGCAACCAGACGCUGUCCCAGCGGGACGUGGAGUUCCACCUGGCGGAGGGCGGGGCUCUCCCUCUCAGCCAGCUGAAGAACGGCAGCAGGAUCCGGACUCGGGUCGGCAGCCUGUCGGUGGUCGGGGUGUCGGACCUGCUGGACCCGUCGGCUCUGUCGUCUCGUUUCAUCAACGACCGAUUCGUCACCGACUCGGACAUCCUCGCCUCCAACGGCAUCAUCCACGUGCUGCAGGGCCCGCUGAGAGCCCCGCCCCCUCCCCAACAGGCAAGUGAUAUGGCGGCGGCGCACCGAGCGGGGAUGGGCGUGGGCGUGGUGCUGCUGGUCGCUCUGCUGGGCGGAGUCGUGUUCGUUGGUUAUCACUUCUACACCCACAGCACCAAACCCUUCAGGUUCCACUACUUCAAGGAGGAGGAGGAGGAAGAAGCUCCGCCUCCCGGCGCCGGGCUCAGCAUCUGUAACCCGGUUUAUGAUUCGGCUCCAGAUCCUCCAGAGUCCAGCUCCGCUGAGACUCCGGAUCCACCAGAGUCCAGUCCCGGAGUCCAGACUCCAGAGGACGACCACACGGCACCGAGUGGCGGAGCAUACGACCUGCUGGGGGACAACUGACCUGCUGGGGGACAACUGACCUGCUGGAAGACAACUGACCUGCUGGGGGACAACUGACCUGCUGGAAGACAACUGACCUGCUGGGGGACAACUGACCUGCUGGAGGACAACUGACCUGCUGGAGGACAUCAGAACUGACUCUAACUGGACGGAUGUCCUCCGACAGCUUCACACUGACUUUAUUUUGUCCUCUUCUUCUUCUGUUGACAGAAGACACCGUGUCCUCUGAGACCUGAACGCCGAGUCACGAGUCCUUUAGGUGUUUUAAUGUAAACUGUGAAGUUAAAUUUUCAUUAAAAACAU